AUGCCAACACCUCCUCCUGAUUGGGUUAAGGCCCUGAAGCCGGCUGGUCCGCAAGGAUCUGAGCUCCUCCAGCAGGAGCGUGCUCAAUCCAAUGUCAACGUUGAAAGAUUAUCCGAGUAUCUGCACACAAAGGAAACCUUGGAGCGACGAGCAUCCAUCCUAGCUCUUUUGCAGCCGGAAAAAGUAUUCGAUAAAUCUCAAAAUCAUACUUUGGGCCGUGUAGAGCGGCUCCAGCGGGCACUUGCCAAGGGCAAGCGCCUCCAACAGCUCUCGGUAGAGCACAAAUGGACAAUGGAAGAAUUCCAUGCAGCCAAUGACUUGGUUGGCGAACCUACUCCGUAUGCUCUGCACGCCAGUAUGUUCUUGGUGACUCUGCGGGAACAAGGCACCCCCGAGCAGCACAAACUGUUCCUCGAGCGCGCAGAAAAAUACCAGAUCAUCGGUUGCUACGCACAAACUGAAUUGGGCCACGGAUCGAACGUGCGAGGUUUGGAAACCACUGCCACCUGGAACUCCGACGAUAAGACAUUUACCAUCAAUUCCCCAACAUUGACUGCCUCGAAGUGGUGGAUUGGAUCUCUCGGUCGCACCGCCAACCAUGCUGUCGUUAUGGCCCAGCUGAUUAUUGAUGGCAAGAACUACGGUCCUCACCCAUUCGUGGUGCAGAUCCGCGACCUCGAAACCCAUCAGCCAUUGGAUAAUGUAUAUGUGGGCGAUAUUGGCCCCAAGUUUGGCUACAACACUAUGGAUAAUGGUUUCCUGCUGUUCAACAACGUGAAGGUACCCCACAUCAGCAUGCUGGCCCGUUUCUGUCAGGUCAACAAAGAGACAAACCAAUACGCUAAGCCCGCGAUGCCGUCUCUUGUAUUCGGUACUAUGACCUGGGUUCGCGCCAACAUUGUUCUGGAUGCCGGCGGUGUUCUGGCCCGUGGUGUCACUAUUGCUACCCGAUACUGUGCGGUUCGGAGACAGUUCCAGGACCGUGAUUCGGACCCACACGCGGGUGAGACCCAAGUGCUGAACUAUAAGAUGGUGCAGGUGCGCCUGCUACCCCUAUUAGCAUCCAUGUACGCCCUUCAUUUCACUGGUCGUGGCAUGAUGCGCCUGUAUGAGGAGAAUCAAAGUCGUAUGAAGGCAGCCAGCUCGCCCGACCAGGAGUCACGCGGUGCUGGACCCGAGCAGCUCCGCGCCGGUGCGAACCUCCUUGCAGAUUUGCAUGCUACAUCAUGUGGUCUUAAGGCUCUGGCUAGUACCACUGCUGGUGAGGGUUUGGAGAUCUGCCGCCGCGCAUGUGGUGGUCAUGGAUACAGCAGCUACAGCGGCAUUGGACCGGCUUACGCAGACUAUCUGCCCACACUCACCUGGGAAGGUGAUAACUAUAUGUUGACCCAACAGGUUGCACGUUAUCUUCUCAAAUCUGCCCGAGCUGUCCUGGCUGGUAAGUCAGCUGGUAACGACACUAGCAAGAUCCUCCAGGCAUACCUCGACCGACGCGAUAAGGGAGCUUCGUUCGAUGUGCUUGCUGAGGACAAGGACAUUGUAGAUGCGUUUGCAUGGCGCACAGCCCAUCUGACUUUCGAGGCCCUGAAGCACCGGGAUGCUGAGCAACGCUCCUGGAACAGCCUUUUGGUUGACUUCUGGCGCCUGUCUACGGCCCACUCUCAGUACAUGAUGGUGAAGAACUUCUACGAGGCAGUUUCCUCUCCCCAGCUGUCAGCGGCCUUGGAUCCAGAGACUAAGGCAAUCAUGCACCAACUAUUCCGACUCUUCUCUCUGCACACUCUGGAGCGCGAAGCCGCUGAGUUCUUCGCUUCCGGUGCCGUGACUGUGCGACAAAUCACCCUGACUCGCACUACUGCGGUGCUAAAGCUGCUCGAUGAGAUCCGCCCGCACGCUGUCCGAUUAGUCGAUGCGUGGGCGAUUCCAGACUGGCAUCUGGACAGCAGUCUGGGUCGCUAUGACGGCAAGGUGUACGAGGAUCUGUUCCGUCGGGCAAGCGAGGAGAACCCUGUUAACGACUUGGUGUUUGACCCUUACCCAUGGAAUGCGGCGGUGCUCAAGAAUGAGCCCGCCAAGAGCAAGCUGUAG